AUGAUCAUUUCAGAGACAGUUGAACAGUAUUUUUCUCAUCUUAUUGAUCUUGUUAAUAAGAUGAGAUUAUAUGGAGACAAAAUUGAGGACAAAUUUGUAGUGGCAAAAAUUCUUCGAACAAUGCCGAUAAAGUAUGAUCAUGUGGUGGCUUCAAUCACAGAAUCACAUGAUACUGAUAAAAUGACAAUUGCAGAGCUGCAAGGUUUUGUGGAAAGCCAUGUUGACAGAAUACAUGAAAAGUCAGAGAAACCAAUUGAAGAAGCCUUGAAGAGUCAAGUCACUCUGAGUAAUAUUGUUGAGACCAAUCAAAGAGGAGGAUCCAAUAUAGGUCGCAGAAGAGGUAGAGGAAGUUUUAGAGGAAGAGGACGUGGUAAUUAUUCGGCAUACAGUCCAAGCCAAGGAAAAGGUGGAGAUAAUCCCAAGCAAGAUAAGUUUCAGUUUUGUUGCUUCAAUUGUGAAAAAUUUGGGCACAAGAUUGCAGAUUGUAGAUACAAGAAAUUCAACAAUCAUGAUAAUCAGGCGAAUGUUGUUGAAAAUAAAGGUGAGGACUCUAAUGAAUCUGAAACUUUACUUUUGGCCAGUAAUGCUUUGACUAUAGAUGAGAAUACAUGGUUUUUGGAUACUGGAUGUAGUAAUCAUAUCUGUGGGCAGAAGGAACUAUUCUCUGAGUUAGAUGAAUCAAUUCAAUUAGAAGUAAUAUUUGGAAAUAAUUCAAGAGUGUGUCAAUUAAAGAUGAAAUAUGCCGGCAGAUACACCGAGCAAAAAUGA